UUGACAAGCCAUUCCACAAUGGGCAGCUGAUGUCCAUCCACGGCUUCGUGAGAACUGAAGCAGGUACCACUACUCUUCGUCCUCAUGUCCCGUCGGCGCAAGGAAGAUUAUGUUGCAGUCCUCCAGAAGGUGAAGGAUGUCCUGAACAACUUCUCCGUAGAGGGGUUCAUGAUGGACUUCGAAGCCGCUUCCUGGGGUGCGGUCAGAGAGGUUUUUUCAGGAACACAGAUCACGGGGUGUGUGUUCCACUGGAGUCAAUCAGUGUACCGUCAGGUGAAAUCACUGGGUCUCGGUCCAGCCUUCAUGGCCAAAGGGUCCAUCUGGGACUUUGUGAGGAACCACAUAGAAAACGUGUUUCGGCAGCUAGCAGCCAGAGCCAACACAGAGCCACUCCGUAACUUGGUGGAGUACAUAGAUACUCAGUGGAUUAAGUCCAAGGUGUUUCCAGUACAGAGCUGGUGUGUUUUCAAGCACAGGGUAAGAACAAAUAAUGAUGUGGAGGGCUGGCACACCCGUCUGAAUGGUGAUUGUGGGAACCGUGCUUUGACUUUCUACAGGUUGGUGCCAGCUCUCCGCAAGCAGGCACAGAAUGCCCAGUUGGACAUCGAAUAGCUGCUUCUGCACGGCAUUGGUCGGCGUCAGAGGAAAGUCUACAGAGACAUGGACACCAAGAUCUGGAGCACCUGGAAUUACUACUCAGAACAGCAGAUCUCGUCGUAUUGUAACAAUUGAUGAUUGGAAAUAAAAUCAAAUAAUUAUUAAUUGUGUUGUGUUUCUGUUUAUGUUUAAAAUAUAUUUAAACUUUCAUUAAAUGUUUUACAAAACUUAACAUUGUUUUUGCUGUAUACCAUAUUAUGAA